AUGUCUUUAGGGGUACCGUAUCAAUACUCCCCCCAUUUAAAUCCACCUUGUCCUCAAGAUGGAAGUCAGGAAACUGAUGCAUUAUCUCUAAAGCUGCUUCCCAUGUUGCUUCGAAUUCGGGAAGACCUGCCCAUUUGA